GGAUCCUUUGCUCAGAAGGGACUCGCAGCAGGUCCUCGAUGGCCAGAUGCAGCCUCUUCGGAGGUGACUUCAUCAGCACCUUUGAUGAGAGCAUGUACAGCUUUGCAGGAUGCUGCAGUUACCUCCUGGCGGGGGACUGCCAGAAACAUACCUUCUCCAUUCUUGGGGACUUCCAGAAUGGCAAGAGAGUGGGCCUCUCCGUAUAUCUUGGGGAAUUUUUUGACAUCCAUUUGUUUGUCAAUGGUACUGUGAUGCAGGGGGCCCACAGAGUCUCCAUGCCCUACGCUUCCAAAGGGCUGUAUCUAGAAACUGAGGCUGGGCACCACAAGCUGUCCAGUGAGGCCUAUGGCUUUGUGGCCAGGAUUGAUGGCAGUGGAAACUUUCAAGUCCUGCUGUCACACAGAUACUUCAACAAGACCUGUGGGCUGUGUGGCAACUUUAACAUCUUUGCUGAAGAUGAUUUUAUGACCCAGGAAGGGACCUUGACUUCGGACCCCUACGACUUUGCCAACUCCUGGGCCCUGAGCAGUGGGGAACAGCGGUGCAAACGGGCAUCCCCUCCCAGCAGCACAUGCAACACCUCCUCUGGGGACACGCAGAAGGUGGGUACAGUGGCAGACUGA